AUGGGUUCGAAUGAUACCGAGUGGGAGCUGGAGGAAGGCAUUCCUCAGGUCGAAGACCCCUUCAUCCAGCAGUAUCUCAAGGGUCGUCAUUCCCUGGUUCAAGAAGAGCAGAAGUUACGCCACGAUGCCAACCUUCGCAAGGCCCUUUCCCCGCUGGCGAUCAAGGCAAGCAAGAUCGUCUCCAAGAUCCGUGAGCGGGAACUCAAAACGGUCUGGUCCAAGGACUUGAGCGAGAAGGAAGCCCAUGAAGCCGAUGAAAUUCUUUACCCCGGGGUGAUGUUCCACCUGGCCAGGGGAAAGAUGGAAACUACCGAUCUAUGGAAGAUCGUAAACAAAAUGCCCAAAGGUUCCCUUUUACAUGCUCACAUGGAUGCCAUGUUUGACAUCGAUUUCCUGAUCGAGCAGGCGUUUGCCACUCCGGGAAUACACAUGGCGGCCCCGCAGCCAUUACUCACUCCGAAGGAUUUUGAAAAAGCCCCGUUUUACCUUCAAUACUCGUCCCGACCAGUGGAAGAGUCGGCGGAGAAGCCACUGGUGUGGUCGUCUUCCUACGAGGCAUCAACCUUGCUCCCAUUGCAGAGGGUCGCUUCAUCCUUUCCGAACGGUGGAGAAGCUGGCUUUCGUGAAUGGCUGAAGAGUCGCUGUGUCAUAGGCCCAGAACAUUCAUAUUACCACCAUCACGGAGUUGAUGCCAUUUGGGAAAUCUUCAGGCGCUCGUUCCCCAUCAUCAACUCUAUUCUCAAUUAUGAGCCGAUCUUUCGCGCAUGCCUGCGUCGCAUGUUCGAACAGCUCGCCACAGACGGGGUUCGCUACGUGGAUUUCAGAAUUGGCUUUGUCUUUAAAUACCGGCGACAAGGGUGUGACAAGCCCGAAGACGGAUACAUGGAAUGGUGCCGUGUCUUCAAGGAGGAGCUGGAACAAUUCAAGGCCACAGAAGCAGGGCGACGAUUCUAUGGCGCCCGGAUUAUCUGGACUACCCUUCGUCUCUUUGGCAACAAAGGCAUCACCGAAAGCAUGAAGCAAUGCAUCGAGACCAAACUUGCCUAUCCAGACGUGAUCUGCGGUUUUGACGUGGUGGGACAAGAGGACCUGGGCCGACCACUGGUCGAUCUUGUCCCAGUCCUGUUCUGGUUUCGCAAGCGUUGCGUUGAAGAAGGCGUAAACAUACCCUUCUUUUUCCAUGCAGGAGAAUGUCUCGGCGACGGCGACCAGACAGAUCACAACCUGUUUGAUGCGAUCUUGUUAGGCACCCGACGGAUCGGACAUGGAUUCUCCCUCUACAAACACCCCUUGCUCGUCGACCUCGUGAAGGAGAAGAAGAUUCUCAUCGAGUGCUGUCCGAUCUCUAACGAGAUUCUGCGUCUUACCAGUUCCAUCAAAUCCCAUCCCCUUCCUGCCCUUCUCGCGCGCGGUGUCUCCGUUUCCCUCUGCAACGAUGACCCGGCAAUUCUUGGACACGGCCAGAAUGGUCUGACCCAUGACUUCUGGCAAACACUGCAGGGCCUCGAAAACAUGGGUCUUACAGGGCUUGCUAUGAUCAUAGAAAACUCCAUCCGCUGGAGCUGUUACGAAGAUCAGACGACUGCGGAAUGGCUGGCAGAGAUUGAAGAUGGGAUCCUAGGUGAUGGCCUGAAGGCUACACGUCUGAAGGAAUGGUAUGAGGAUUUCCAGGAAUUUUGCGAGUGGAUCGUAUCGGAGUUUGCGCAUGUUGACGUCGACGAGUGA